AAAACUAAAUCAAUGUUCAUGUUUGCAUAUGAUAACUAUUUACAACAUGCGUAUCCACUUGAUGAACUAAGACCAAUUACGUGUGAUGGAACAGACACAUGGGGCAGUUACUCACUAACUCUGAUUGAUGCUUUGGAUACGCUUGCCAUAAUGGGCAAUUACACGGAAUUUCAGCGUGUUGUAAAACUGUUAAUUGAUGAUUUAACUUUUGACAGUGAUAUUGAGGUGUCAGUUUUUGAAACAAACAUUAGAGUGAUUGGUGGAUUGUUGUCUGCACAUUUGUUAUCGAAGCAAGCGGGAAUGGCAGUUAAUUCUGAUUGGCCGUGCAGUGGUCCAUUGUUGAAUUUAGCGGAAAAUGUUGCACAGAGAAUUUUACCAGCUUUUAACACGCCCACUGGUAUGCCAUAUGGUACGGUCAACUUGCAGUUUGGAGUUCCUGAGAAUGAAACACCAAUUACCUGUACUGCUGGAGUUGGUACAUUUAUCAUAGAAUUUGGCACUUUGAGUCGACUUACUGGGAAUCCAGUAUACGAAAAUAUUGCAAUGAAGGCACUACAGUCAUUGUGGACCACAAGAUCAGAAAUUGGUUUGGUUGGUAACCAUAUAGAUGUAAAGACUGGUUUAUGGGUAGCAUUGGAUUCUGGGAUUGGUGCUGGUGUUGACUCCUAUCUGGAAUACCUUGUGAAAGGCAGUUUCCUGCUGUCUAAUCCAGCACUAAUAGAUAUGUAUAAAGAGUACUCAGUAUCCAUCAAGCAGUAUUUGAAGCACGAUGAUUGGUACAUGUGGGCUAAUAUGAAGAAGGGUCAUGUGACCAUGCCAAUAUUCCAAUCACUGGAUGCGUACCUACCAGGUGUGCAGAGUUUACUUGGAGAAAUUGAUGAUGCCAUGAAAACCAUGCACAAUUAUCAUCAAGUCUGGAAACAGCUUGGAUUUAUACCUGAGUUUUACAGCAUAGUGAACGGUUUCCCAGUGGAAAAACAUGAAGGCUACCCGUUGAGGCCAGAAUUGGUGGAGAGCGCUAUGUAUUUAUAUCAAGCAACUAAAGAUCCAUUCCUACUGGAAGUGGGACGAGAUAUCCUGGAAUCAAUUGAACAGAGUGCAAAAACUGGGUGUGGUUAUGCCUCGAUAAAAGAUGUCAGAGACCACAAAUUAGACAACCGAAUGGAAUCUUUCUUUUUAGCAGAAACAACAAAAUAUUUGUAUUUAUUAUUUGACGCAGACAAUUUUAUUCAUAAUGAUGGUAGUCAUGGUGAUAUAAUAGACUCACCAGGCGGUCAGUGUAUUCUCAACACUGGGAAUUAUUUUUUCAAUACCGAAGCCCACCCUAUUGAUGCGGCAGCUUUAAAUUGUUGCGUCGCAAGGAAACAGAAAAAUGUGAAAUCAGUACUUCAGAAUCUACAAGGAAGCAACAGAGAUAAAUAUAAUCAGUUGAAAAUGUUGUUAAAAGAAGAGAAUAAAGAAUUAAACAACAAAAGUUUUACCAGUCGAUACAACUGCACGUCACAACCUUUUCAUAGAAGGUUGUCUGUACUUGGUGAAAUGUUUGUAAAUUAA